AUGUCCAGUUUUUUCAAAGGUCUCGAAGACGUGCUCGACCGCGGGCUGGAUGAGCUCGAGAAAGUAGCGGACAAACUCCCCGAAGGUCUUCAUCACGCUGGCGAGACUGCUCUCGGCAUCAUUAAUCCAAACAGACGCCAUGAUACUCCCCAGGAGAGACGUGAGGAUGAGAUCAGGGCAGAGAUCAACGCCGGUCAUCGUUUCGACUCGUUCGCAGCGCAGCGAUCGCAUAAUUUCGUGAAGUGGCACAUUGACGGUCACGACUACAUGUAUGCGCUCUCGGAGAGGUUGGAGAAUGCGCGGGAGGUGAUCUUCAUCCUGGAUUGGUGGCUCACGCCCGAGCUGUACUUGCGACGGCCGGCAGCGUACCACCAGGAAUGGCGGCUGGACCGGGUGCUGAAGCGCAAGGCCGAGCAGGGUGUGCGGGUCUACGUGGUGGUGUACAAGGAGGUGACCCAGACGAUGUCGAUGAGCUCAUCGCACACCAAGCACGCGCUUGAAGCUCUUCAUCCAAACAUUGCCUGCAUGCGACACCCCGACCAUAUCGGGAGCCAAGACGACGUCGAAUUUUGGUCCCAUCACGAGAAGCUUGUCAUCAUCGACAACCAUUUCGCCUGUGUCGGCGGGCUCGAUCUGUGCUUUGGAAGAUGGGAUACACACACCCAUCCCCUCGCAGACGUGCAUCCUGCUGAUCUGAAGCGCACCCUCUUCCCCGGUCAGGACUACAACAACGCCCGUAUCAUGGACUUCAAGAACGUCCAGAAUUAUGUCAGCAAUGGCCUCAGUGUCAUAGAGAGCGCGAGAAUGCCGUGGCACGAUGUGCACAUGACCUUGUGUGGCUCGGCCGUGCUGGAUCUGGUCCAGCACUUCGUUGAGCGCUGGAAUGAAAUCAAGAAGCGCAAGUACAAACACGACCCCCGAUACGACUGGCUUGCCCUGCCACACAACAUCCAGGCGUCCCCGAAUGAGGCUGUCAUUCGUCACCCGCACCGCGAGCACUGGCAUGAGAUUGGACGUCACUUCAAGGAACGAUACCAUCAGCUGUACAGGCGCGAACAGGAGUACGGCGAAGAAGACCCUGAGUUGUAUCCGCCGCCGCCGAACGGGACGUGUCGUGUGCAAGCGAUCCGGAGCGUGUCAGAUUGGAGUCAUGGAGUCCUCACGGAGCAUAGUAUACAGAACGCCUAUUGCCAAUUGAUCAUGGAAGCAAAUCAUUACAUUUAUAUCGAGAACCAGUUUUUUAUUUCAACUACCCAACACGAAGGACCCGUCAAGAAUCAGAUCGCCGCAGCGUUGGUUGAGCGAAUCCUGAUGGCUGCUCGAAAGAACCAGAAGUUCAAAGUAGUGGUUGUCAUUCCAGAAGUGCCGGGGUUCGCAGGACCAGUGAAGGAAGAUAGCGCAGUGAAGACGAUUAUGGCAGCGCAAUAUCGUACAAUGAACAGAGGAGGACACAGCAUAUACGAACUGAUUCGUAAGGCAGGGUUUGACCCGACGGACUACAUUCGAUUCUACCAUUUGCGCGCCUACGAUCGGAUUAACGCGCCCAAAUCGUCCUACCUCUCUAUCAUUGAAGAAGACAGUGGUGUUAAGUUCCACCAGGCAAUGGUGGCCCUCGCGCGACUUUGGAUUGGGAGAGAUGAAGAGACUACUGCUCCAAAAGACGUUUCAGUUGUCCUCCCGACAGGCAAUUAUAACGUCGAGGACCUAUCACCCUCUGGCGGGAAAGCAGAGCUAAAGACGGAGACGUACUCGCUGCCGCAGUCAUAUGAUGAGGCCCGCGAUAUCCUUGAACGCUGGCGACGAGCGGCGGAGAAAUUGCGGAGUGACGAUGACGUCUCAGAUAACGUGGUGCAGCAUAUGCUGAACGACCGGACGACAUUGCUGGACGAACAGUGGCUUGGCACACCGGAGGAAGAGAAGGCAGCUUAUGUGUCGGAGUUGCUUUAUAUACAUUCGAAGGUCAUGAUUGUGGACGAUCGGAGGGUCAUUCUUGGGUCGGCGAACAUCAACGAUCGCAGCCAAAAGGGUGAUGGUGAUUCGGAGAUUGCGCUCGUAGUUGAGGAUGAUGAUAUGGUGGAGACGACCAUGAAUGGCAAGCCGUACAUGGCUAGCCGCUUUGCUGCCUCACUUCGUCGCAAGCUGUACAGAGAGCAUCUUGGACUGAUGCCUCCCCAGUUCUGUGACGGUCCGCAGGAGAGAGUAACGUCGUUCAUGCGCCCGGCACCGAAUCCGAACGCAAAUGAGAUGUCUCAGCCAGAGGAUGAUAUGGUCGCAGAUCCUCUCGCGGACUCCACGCUUGAUCUCUGGAACGGAACUGCAAAGAGCAACCGCGAUAUAUUCACAGAGGUAUUCCGCCCUAUUCCGUCGAAUCUGGUGCGUAGUUGGAGUGCAUACUCGCGCUAUAUCAUACCGAACAUCCUGCCAGGUCAUGUCGUGCCCGAGGUUCCUCUCGGUCGUGUCAAAGAGCGCCUCUCCCUUGUGCGGGGCGCGCUUGUCGAGUGUCCCAUGGACUUCUUGAUCGAUGAGAAGGAAUUUGUCGAAGGAAUAGACUGGAUCGGGCUGAACCCGACAUUACCCAUUUAUAUCUAA